AUGAAGCGAAUAACAUACUGGCCUCAACUAAUUUUGGGGAUGACCUUUAACUGGGGAGCCCUCUUAGGCUGGUCAGCAGUCCAGGGUUCCUGUGACUUAUCAAUAUGCUUGCCACUGUACGUCGCCGGAAUCUGCUGGACAGUUUUAUACGACACGAUUUACGCUCACCAGGACAAAGUCGACGACUUGUUACUAGGAAUAAAGUCCACUGCGUUGAAAUUCGGCGACAACACCAAACUUUAUUUAUCCGGAUUCGGAGCGUCUAUGAUAGGAAGCUUGUUGACUUCUGGAGUAGUUUCUGGUCAGACAUGGCCCUACUACGUGGCUGUCAGCGUCGUUGCUGGCCACGUUGUCGAACAAAUCCGAACUCUGAACAUUGAUGAUCCCCAGGACUGUGCAAAAAAAUUCAUCUCCAACAGAACAAUAGGACUAAUUAUUUUUGCGGGAAUAGUAUUAGGAAAUUUAUUAAAAAAUUCACCUAGGAGCAAUCAAAAUAGCUUGUUAGAAAAUAAUAAUUCACAAAUAAAAUAUUAA